GUCUUCCACUAUCUGAUCAUGGGUCCUGGCGAAGCAGUAGAUGGCCGUGAUGCCUUUAUAUGCAAGUUUUCCCUUGAUCGUGAAUAUUAACUCCAUUAAAUUAAGCUAAAACUCUCUGAUCUCAUGGCCUCUCUUCCACCUCGUUCAACUCUCCAACCCAACAGUACAAACCCAGAAAUCGAGACUGCAUUCGAAAUGGAAAGUCCUGCCAUGAUCAAUGUCGUAGUGCAAAACAAAAGUCAUGAUCAAGAAGAAGAUGCUGAUCUUAACAUGAAGCAGCUAAUUCGGACUCGAGAUAUUGAUCAUCAUGAGCCUGCAGAUGAUCAUCUGGAUGGUGUUUUCUUGACAUGGAAGGAUCUAUGCGUAACUGUUUCCAAUGGAAAAAGUGGCACAAAACCGAUCCUUCAGAGUCUGACUGGUUAUGCCCGACCUGGGGAGCUUCUGGCCAUAAUGGGUCCUUCCGGUUGUGGCAAGUCUACACUUCUUGAUGCAUUAGCGGGGAGGUUGAGUUCAAACACGAGGCAAACGGGAGAGAUUCUGGUCAACGGUCGUAAGCAGACCCUCGCUUAUGGAACAUCGGCAUAUGUAACACAAGAUGAUACUUUAAUGAUGACUUUGACGGUUAGAGAAGCAGUGUACUACUCAGCCCAGCUCCAAUUACCGGACUCGAUGUCAAAAUCAGAGAAGAAGGAGAGAGCAGACAUGACAAUAAGAGAGAUGGGUUUGCAAGACGCCAUUAAUACAAGAAUUGGAGGUUGGGGAGUCAAAGGCAUUAGUGGUGGACAAAAGAGGAGAGUAAGCAUUUGCAUAGAGAUCCUAACCCGCCCCAAGCUUCUCUUCCUAGACGAACCAACAAGUGGGCUUGAUAGUGCAGCUUCAUACUAUGUCAUGAGCAGGAUUGCACGCCUAGGUCAAAGAGAUGGGAUUGGAAGGACCAUUAUUGCAUCUAUUCAUCAGCCUAGCAGCGAAGUCUUUCAGCUCUUUCACAAUCUUUGUCUCCUGUCUUCAGGUAGAGCUGUAUACUUUGGUCCUGCUUCAACAGCAAAUGAGUUUUUCUCUUUGAGUGGUUUCCCUUGCCCGACCCUCCAAAAUCCAUCUGAUCACUUCCUAAAAACCAUAAACAAGGAUUUCGAAAAGGACUUUGAAGAGGGUUUAGCUGGAGCGCUAUCCACAGAGGAAGUAAUUCAGUUACUUAUAAAGUCGUAUAAAUCAUCAGAAAGGUACCAACAAGUACCAAAGCAGGUAGCUGAAAUAUGCAAACAGGCCUACGGAGAGUUGGAGACGAAGAGAAGCCAUGCGAGCUUCCUUACUCAGUGUCUUGUUCUAACAAGAAGAUCUUUUGUGAAUAUGUAUCGUGAUCUAGGCUACUACUGGUUGCGCCUGGCAAUUUAUAUCGCAUUGGCUAUUGGCCUUGGUACUGUGUAUUUCAACAUUGGGAAUUCUUAUGCUUCAAUUCAGGCUAGAGGUUCACUGCUCACAUUUAUAGCUUCAUUCCUAACGUUCAUGGCCAUCGGUGGUUUUCCUUCAUUUGUGGAGGACAUGAAGAUAUUUGAGCGAGAAAGAUUAAAUGGGCAUUACGGUGCUGGUGCAUUUGUCAUUAGCAACACACUCUCUGCCGUGCCCUACUUGUUACUGGUUUCAAUAAUUCCUGGAGCAAUAGCUUAUUACCUACCAGGACUACGCAGAGGACAAGAAUACUUUGUUUACUUUGUUUCGGUUCUGUUUGCUUGCAUGAUGUUGGUGGAGAGCCUAAUGAUGCUUGUGGCAAGCAUUGUGCCCAAUUAUCUCAUGGGUAUAAUAACUGGUGCUGGAAUUCAAGGGCUAAUGAUUUUAGUUGGGGGAUUCUUCAGACUGCCAAAUGAUCUUCCUAAACCCGUGUGGAAAUACCCAUUACAUGAAAUGGCUUUCCAUAAGUAUGCCUACCAAGGAAUGUUCAAGAAUGAGUUUGAAGGAGCAGUGUUUCAGAAUAACCAGAAAUUAGAUGCAGGAGGCCGGCCAGUACCCAUGAUCAUCACUGGGGAUGAAAUCUUGAGAGAUACAUGGCAAGCUGAAAUGGGUUACUCCAAGUGGGGUGAUCUUGCUGUUUUGCUAGGAAUGAUAGCUUGCUAUCGACUCUUGUUUCUGGUCAUCAUCAAGGGUACUGAAAAGUUCAAGCCCCUGAUCAAGGCUCUCAAGUCUAGGUCUUCCAAACAAGCUGCAGUACUGGUUACCGUGAAUCCUUCUUCUACACCCUUGCAUGAAUGAAGAGAAGCUUUACUAGUAGAUUAGGUUUAAAUGUCAUGUACUGAAAAUCAAGCAGCUUAUCCUUGCGAAAACAAAUUAUGAGAUUGAACCUGUGUUUGAUAAUAAUGCUACACUACAGGUUGC